AUGAUUGAAAAUAAGCUAUUGUUCUCUCCAUUAAUUAUUUCUUGCAUUCUUUUAACAGUUCUAACGUUAUUUACACAAUCUUCAGCUGAUAAUGUUUCGCCAGCAAAUCCUGUCCCCCCUUCAACUAUAUGCAAAUCUACCCCUUAUCCUACCUUCUGCAAAUCAGUGCUCGUUCCAAAUUCCAAUUCCUCGUCCAGUGCGUACGAUUACAGCCUGUUUUCCUUCCGAAAAUCCUUAUCCGCAGCCCGGAAAUUCCUUACGUUGAUUAACAAGAAUCUACAGAGGUCGAGAGAUUUGACAAUAACUGCGGUCAGGGCUUUGGAAGAUUGCAAAUUUCUGGCUGAGCUUAACGUUGAUUAUCUGAUGAAUUCUUUCAUCACAGUCAAUGGAACUUCUUCGAAAACUCUUCCCCUUUCCAAAACAGACGACGUUCAGACACUUCUCAGCGCCGUUUUAACAAACAGUCAGACAUGUGUCGAUGGCCUUCAGGCAACAGCCUCAGCCUGGAGUGUAAGAAAAUGGAUUUUAUCUCCAUUGACUAAUGAUACGAGGUUGUUCAGUGUUUCUUUAGCCCUUUUUACAAAAGCCUGGGUUCUUAAGAUGAAGAAGAAACCUUCACACCCGACAGGGAAACAUUUGACAUUCGAAAAUGGCAGAUUGAGCCUUAAAAUGUCUGCAAAAAAUCAAGAAAUCUUAAACACUGUCAGCAACAGAAGUCUGCUUCAGACACAUGAUAAACAGGUUCUGGUGAGUGACAUUGUAAUCGUGGAUCAGACUGGAACUGGGAAUUUUACCACCAUAAACGAUGCUGUUGCAGCUGCUCCGGUGAACUCCAACGGCAGCAGUGGCUACUUUCUGAUAUAUAUCACUGCUGGUAUUUAUGAAGAAUAUGUGUCGAUUGCCAAGAACAAGAAAUAUUUGAUGAUGAUUGGUGAUGGAAUCAAUCAGACUAUCAUCACUGGAAAUCAUAGUUUUGUUGAUGGAUGGACUACGUUCAACUCGUCAACCUUCGCUGUAGUUGGGGCAGGCUUUGUUGCAGUUAACAUGACAUUCCGAAACACGGCAGGAGCAAUCAAACAUCAAGCUGUUGCGGUCCGAAAUGGGGCCGAUUUGUCCACAUUCUACUCGUGCAGUUUCGAAGCAUAUCAAGACACGUUAUACGUCCAUUCCCUCCGACAAUUCUACAGAGAAUGCGACAUCUACGGCACAGUGGACUUCAUAUUCGGCAAUGCUGCCGCCGUAUUUCAGAACUGCAACCUUUAUCCGCGUCUCCCACUGCCCAACCAGUUCAAUGCCAUUACCGCACAGGGCAGAAUGGACCCGAACCAGAACACAGGCAUUUCCAUUCAAAACUGCAUGAUACGACCGGCGGAUGACCUGAAUACGACCAGCAUUCAGACAUAUCUGGGGAGGCCAUGGAAAGAAUUUUCAAGAACAAUUUACAUGCAAAGUUACAUAGAUGGAUUUAUAAAUCCAUUGGGGUGGCAUGAAUGGUUAGGAGAAUUUGCACUGAAUACUUCAUAUUAUGGUGAGUUUAAUAAUAGAGGGGCAGGAUCAAACACAAGUGGGAGAGUAAAUUGGCCUGGAUUUCAUGUUAUUCAAUCUACAGAUGCUGCUAAUUUUACGGUGUCAACGUUCCUGCUUGGAGAUGACUGGUUAUUCGAUACUGGAGUGCCAUUUGAGGGUGGAUUAUUAUGA